AACCCCUCAGCUUAGUUAUAAGAGGCCCUGCAAUUUAAGACAUCACAGCUUCAACUUUCUAGGAAAGUAGAAAGUCUCUUUUGCAUUCUCUGUUUACUUUGUUGUUGAAAGACUGCAACCAGGACAUCAACACAAUGCCAGAGCCAGUACCUUGUCAAGCACCAGGAAAUAUGGAAGAGAUGGCCGAUGGACCCCGUUACCGUCCAUUGUUAACAGCUGCGUUCAUGGGUGACUGGGAAUCUGCUAGAGCAAUUAUCAACCACGAUCAUGCUUCAGUGAGGGCCAGAAUAACAAGCAGAUUCGAAACCGUGCUUCACAUAGCCACUUUGAGUGCACAAGACAAAUUUGUGAAGAAUUUGCUUGAUUACUUGAAUCCGGAUGAUCUUUUAAUGGUUGAUUCUGAUGGCUGCACGGCCCUCCACAAUGCUGUCCAUUGUGGAAGGAUAGAGAUGGUCAAGGCAUUAGUUGGAAAGGAUCGUAGGUUGACCCAAAUUCCAGAUUAUAAAGGACGAGUUCCUUUGAGAAUAUCUACUCAGGAAGCCUCUACGCAUAAGGAGAUUGCCUGGUUCCUGGCGAAAAAAACAACAGACGAUGGGCCAAGUUAUCCCUUCAGCAGUCCCUCUGCGAUUAAUCCCAUUUUAGAUCUCACCUACGCUGGUCAUCAUGAUAUCACCCUUUUUCUAGUUAAGCGAUACCCUCACCUACUUACCAUGAAAAGAAGAAACUUAUCUAUACUGGGCGUGUUGGCGAGAAUGCAGACUCACUUUCUCAGCGUAAACAGGCUCGGUGUUUUUGGAACAUUGAUAUUCAAAUGUCCGUACUUUCCUUAUUCGCAUCCCUUCAUUACUGAUUCCCUUCAAGAAGAUCAUACCUGGCUCAUCACCUGCUCUUUUUUUCCUCCGAUCAAGAGGAUUCACGAGGUAAAGCUGAGAUAUGUGGCUGCAGUCAUGUUGGCCAAAAAAGUGUGCGAGGCGAUUUCUGCUAUGAGAACUUCCGAGAUCACCGAGUUUUUCCUAGAGAGGAACCUGUUGGGUUUUGCUACAACUAAGGGAAACAGCGAUCUCGUGAAGCUAUGUAUUCAGUCCUUCCCGGAGCUUAUUAGGAUUAAGCCUAAUGGUGACAGUUUGAUGACACUAGCUGUGAAGAAUCGCCAAGAAAGGAUUCUCUCACUCUUUUUGAAGAAAAGCUCAAACAACGAGUUGUCAUUAGUGCCAGCACCUACACCGGAAGAAUCGGAAAAGAUGAUGCUCGCGGCAGCAAAGUACGACUCUCAUUUGGAGGCUGUAACUUAUGUCUCCGGAGCAGCUUUUGAAAUGCAAAGAGAACUCCAAUGGUUCAAAGCAGUGGAAAAGUGGCUUUUCCCUAACUUGAGAACCUUCAAACACGAAGGGAAAUCAUAUUGGCAAAUAUUCACUGAGGAGCACCAACAGUUGCUUGUGCAAGGUGGGGAGUGGGUGAAGAACACAGCUCAAUCAUGUAUGGUCGUCUCAACUCUAAUUGCCACAGUAUUAUUUGCUGCUUCUUACAAUGUGCCUAAAGGCAAUAGCGGCAUUACUGGAAACCCAUUGUGGUUUGGAAUGGAGGCUCUCAUGGUUUUCGAAAUUUCGGAUGCGUUAGGUUUGUUCUCCUCCGUGACAGCCAUCAUGUUAUUCCUGGCCAUCUUAACUUCGCGGUACGAGGCACAAGAUUUUCUUCACUCGUUGCCUAGGAAGAUCAUAAUGGGCCUUUCUUUUCUCAUCCUCUCCUUGGCUUGCAUGCUGGUGGCCUUCGGUGCAGCUUACAAGAUUGUGCAGCAAAAGAGACCAGAGUGGGUUUACAUUCUCUUUGCAUUGCUGUCAAUUUGCCCCUUUCUUUUAUUCUUAAUACUCCAGAUUCCCCUGCUAGGGAAAAUGGCUAAAUCCACUUAUGGACGUGGCGCGUUUCGUCCCAAGAGCAUUUGGAAGUGAGGCAUAAUUAGUGGACAAGAUCGCGUGAUUGACCAAUUUGAUUUGAGGGUAUACGCCUUUGUUAUAGUUGGUUGUAGCGGGUCCAAUGCAAUACACAAUGUAUUUCCUUAAAGUAUAUGAACCAUCACUAUGCAAAAUUAUG